UUUAGACAUGAUCCAGGUGGAGAGGACAAAGGAGAUGCGUCUGAACUCUAUCAAGACUCAGAUACUGAGCUACCUGGGUCUUCUGGGCGGGCAGCCCAAUAUCAGCAGCAACCAGAACAACGGCACAAGCAAUCAACAGGCGGAGAUCAUCCGUCAGAUGUACGACAAGAUGAAGAGGUUACCGCAGUGGCCUCCCUCCGAUGUAUACACCGAGAAAGUACAGAGUUUCUACCCUUCCUGUGAAUUACCAAGGAAUACAGAUGAAGAGCUGUGGAGCAACGGGGAGUCGAUGCAUUUGCUGUUUGAUUUGAAUUUCCCGACCAGUUUGCAAGGCAAUGUUGUUAACAUCAUCGCUGCUAAACUCAGGCUGCAUAAGGUCUCCCAGGCCAACAUGACAGUGGCUGUUUCUGAGACGUGCCCUCCUCCUGCAUUCGAUGGGGGUGAGUCCACCCCUGCCAUCAAGGCAUUCAACCCCAGCCUUCCCCUGCCGCCUUCCCCUAUCACCGUGGACGACAAGAAGAUUCGAGUCUCCAUCUACUGGUACACCAGAUCCCUCAAGAAACACCGCGUGAAGAGGAAGCUGCUAGACAGUCAGAUGGUGUCGGUGUAUGGGGACGCGUGGACCGAAUGGAAUGUCCGCCAGGCAGUCAAGGCCUGGAAGGAGUCCAACAAGAACUUCGGCCUGGCCAUUGAGGUGGAAGAUGAAGACGGAAAUCUGCUGCCGGCACACAAAUACUUCUCGCCUAUGAACUGCUCCAAGGAGGCCUCGACCUCCCGACCAAUCCCCGGCUUCCUGGUGGACGCGGCACGCCUCUUCUCGCUGGAGCACAACCAAACGAGCAAUGGCGGCAGUAGCUCCGCCUACCACUUCAACACGCACAUGUUCCCCAUGAUAGACUUGUGCACAGUCGAAUUGCCCGAGACGGAAAUCGCCGAGGCUGUGCUCUAUCAUAAUGCCAAGUUCGCGCUGGAAAGGCAGCUGUUGACUGUCGUGAGGAAUAACAGCAUUACGUCAGCUGACGUCAUGGACGACAACAGGCAUAGGAUCAGGCAUCAGAAUCAUCAUAGGAUUGUGGUGAUGAACAGCACCGCCGUGGAAGCUAUGGCGGACGCUGCCUCCUCGAUUUCGUCAUCGUCGCCGCCAGCCAGUGCCUCCCUGAUCGCGUCGUCGCCGAUGCGACACACAGAGGUGGUGCGACGCGAUAAUGGCGACAGUGUCGAGGAGAUGACCUUCACGAGCAGCGCCGAUGACCUUGACGGCGAUCAACUGAGAAAGCACAUCAUUGUGCAGAAGGUCAUCAAACGCAACCGGCAGCCAGCAUCAGCUGAUUGAACUGCAACAGCUGAUCGAUGGUGACCUUGAACUUGACUACUUGCAACAGCUGAUCGAUGGUGACCUUGAACUGACACAGACCUACACAGAGAGCAAGGGUUGACAGAUGACCUUGAAAAUAGACUUCUGGAUUUCUUCCAUACAGAGCUAAAUGACUACUGGAGAGAGAGUGAAGCCCACUUUAUAAAAGCAGUAUUUCAAUGAUAUCCAGGAUCAUCCUCUCCAUUAAAAAACUUAACCAAAAAUGGAAGAUUUGAAAGGAACAUCAAGUAAUGAUGUAUGAUGAUGAUGAAAGAUCUUCUAAUAUUUUUUACCCAUUUUGAAUCAACUAGCCACUUUCUUAUCUGCCUAGUCGAUUUUGUGGACUGUAAAGUGAAAAAAACCAUUAUAAGAGAAAUUAUUUAUUCAAAAAAUUGAAUAGAAAACAAUAUAAAUGAGCACCUCAGUUCACUCAGAGUUCAUAAUAUUGGUGAUUGAUCACUUAGUUUUAAAAAAUGUUAUACCUUUAUCUUUGACAUUGCAUGUCAGAAUAAUGAACUUCCCAUCUAUUUUCUCUAAAAUCGACUUCAUAUUAUUCAAGCUCUUUAUAACAUUGAUUUUUUUGUAAAUGAAACAUAGCCUGUAGGCUUUUCUUAUAAUGUGUGUAUUCAGAGCUGGGGUACCCAUUUUUUAUUCAUAAAAUAACAUCAUAGUAGGCUACCCUUUCUUGAAAAGUUUUUAAAUAUAAAAUAACAGAUUAAAAACACAAAUCCUGUAGGCUUUAUAUUUUUAAAGCCCCUGCAAUUUUUCUUUGUUCCAUAUUAUGAAACAAGGAGGCCUCUAUAAAUAAUUAGGGAUAUCUGAUAAUAUCAUAAGGUAUUGCCUGUAUGCUCAUUGAAUGUUUCAUCAUUGAUCUACAAUCAGAAUAUGAUCUACAUUCAGAAUUUCAGUUGUAAUAUUUGUUCAUUAAUGUAUCUCAUGGAGAGAACUAGUGCUCAUACAAUAUUUGGAAUACUUUUCAACAAUAAAGGGGAAAGAAAAUAAAUUAAUUAAUAUGAAAAACAAGGAGAAAGAAUAUUUGUGCUUAUACAAUGUUUGGAACUAUUUUCAGCAAAGGAGAAAGAAUAAUAUUUGUGCUUUUUCUGAAAAAUAAAUGAUAAAACAGCUCUUCUCAAAUGCAAUGUCAAAUAGAACUGAUAGAAUAUUGUAUUAUUUAACAGUCAUUUAGAUUUAAGUUUCACAUAUUUUUGUUCAAUGCGAAUUAUUACCCACGUUAUUCAUGAAUCAUAAUAAUGAAGUUUAUGAUUCUUCAUUGAUUCAUACAAUAAGUACAUCAUCAAAAUUCUCUUUAUUCAGAAUAGCUCCUGUUGAAUCAAUAAUUGAUGAAUACCAAUUUUAUUGAAAUAAAUGAUGGUCAUUGAAAAUCAAACUUAAAAUCGGAAUCUGAAAGACUGACUGUAUAUUUAUGAAUAUUUAUAUAAAUACUAAUUAAUUCUUAAGCAUUAUGCAACAUGAUGCACAGUAGUUAUAACUGCUACCCACUUUUUUUAAUGUGUAGAUGAUUUAGGAUGUAAUUUAUAUUAACUCUAAUGAUAAGCUAUCUAUAAUUUAUUUUAAUUCAAUCUAAUCGUUCCUUAUUUUAAAAUACGUAGUUCUAUGUAUUAAAUUUAAUGUCUUCAUGAUGAUUUAUUGUCAAACAUAUUAAAUAAUUACUAGGAUUAACUUUUAAGUUGUAAAGAUUGUGAAGCUUGAAUUUAACACUUUAUCAGGAAACAGUUGAAUAUUCAAGUUCAUCACAUGUAUUAAAACUUUCAAUUUCUUGGGGAAAUACAUAAAAAUAAUACUACUGAUGAUUUAAUGAUUUAAUUGAGAAAUUCUACAGUUGAAUAAUAAUUCGACAAAUAUUAUAAGUAAGCUGUUUACCCUGUUGUCAAUAUUUGCAGUACCUAGCAGAAGUCUUCGGGGUGAUUUACAGCAUUAAAUUUGUAUUUUCGUUCAAUGAUAAUUUAAGUGAUAAUACUUGUUUGCUUAGUUGGUGAACAUUGUAAUAUUGUAAGUUUUAAUAGAAGUUGAAAAACAGUAAGUAAACUGUAGAAAAUCUAGAAUUUUCCAACAAUUCGAAUUGAAGAUAUUGUUGAACGUUUUAUACCAAUUGAUUUUUCAUAGCUUUUAUCAAUACUAUAGUAUGAAAUCUAUAUUUAAAAAUACCAAAUUAACAAAAGGAAGAAGGAUUUAAGUUAUAUUAAUUGAUCUAGAAUUUGGAACAAUUCGAAUUGAAGAUAUUGUUGAAGGUUUUAUACCAAUUGAUUUUUCAUUGCUUGUAUCAGUAGGUACUGCAGUAUGGAAUCUUAAUUUAAAAUGCCAAAUCAACAAAAGGAAAAAAAGAUUUAAGUUGUAUUAAUUGAUUCAAAAACAGUCAUUGAAAUUCAAUGCAACUUCAUUCAUCAAUUCAUUUUUAGAAGCAUGUCUACUAAUAAUACUAUCUAGGAUUCUAGAAGGAUUUUGAAUAUGAGUGUUCAAGACUUCUUGAUAUAAUGAUAGAUUACUUUUGUUUCUAGUUCUAUCAAUUAUAGCUUGUAAAUAAGUAGACUACUAUUUUUAUACUUAAUUUUUAUUUCAUCUAGGCAAGCCAAAAGAACAAUAUUAUUGUUCCGAGUUUUCAAGACGUCUUGAAAAUGUUGAUAACAUAAUAAUUUGUAUUUAACAUAGCUGUAAUUGUAAUCAUUAUUGUUUAAUUGUUUAAUAACAUUAUGUAAGUUAUCUUGAAGUUCAACU